UAUUCAUAAUGUCUGCACGUACUUUUUUGACAACCGGUCGCAAGAUUGUAGCCAUUGGGCGUAACUUUAGUGAGCAUGCCAAGGAACUUGGGAAUGCUGUUCCGAAAUCACCAUUUUUCUUUCUCAAGCCUACUACUUCUUACGUAGCAAAUGGUGGCAAGGUUGAGAUUCCUAAUGGAUGCGAAGUUCAUCACGAAGUUGAGUUGGCUGUAGUAAUUGGUAAAGAUGGACGCGACUUUUGUGCUUCAGAAGCUAUGGAUCAUGUUGCAGGUUAUGCGUUAGCUAUCGAUAUGACUGCCAGAAAUCUUCAGAAUGAGGCCAAGAAGCAAGGUUUGCCUUGGAGUACUGCCAAAGGCUUUGAUACAUUCACUCCAAUCAGUGACUUUAUUCCCAAAGAUAGUAUUCCCGAUGCUUCCAAUGUAGAUCUUUGGCUCAAGGUCAAUGGAAAGUUUACUCAACAAGGCAACACCAAAGACAUGAUUUUCAAGGUUCCUACAUUGCUUGAAUACGUUGGAUCCAUUAUGAAACUGGAGGUUGGGGAUGUGAUCUUGACAGGAACCCCAAAAGGAGUGGGCCCUAUCAAAGCUGGAGAUGUUAUUACAGCUGGCAUGAAGCCUGGGAAGGCCAGUAAAGAUGUUGUAGAUGUCCGCUAUGAGGUAGAGAAUCGCAAUGGCCGAUUCAAAGCUUAAAUAGGUAGACAGAUAGAUAUAAGCAUAAAUAGAUAUACGCAUGUGUUUAUUUAUUGCAUAUUGUUCUGUAUUAUAUUUGAUAUCAGUAAAGUAUCAUUUUCUUU